GGAGAUCACGCACCCGUACAUUAAAAAAGUAGAGCAAAAUCAUCAUGGAUCCGCACACCUGAAGUUAAAGCAACUGCAUAACUAUGUAAAUAUAUAAAUAAAUAGGCCGGUAGAUCAAAGUCCAUCACAUUUUUUGACUGUGAAUGUUUCGAGAUGGCGACAGACUUUUUCAGUGGGGUUGUUAAGUUUAAUGCACAGACGUCCGGAAGAGAUAAAUUAUGCAGAUUGUGUCAGUAUGGAUGUAAAUUAGUCUGGUGGUAUAUACACCAAGAUGGCAGUCGUAAAGAUCUGGCUGUCAAGUUGAAAAAUUUAGAAUCUUCAGUUUCUACUACAAGAAAAUUGUUACGGUUUGGUAAAAGUGUGGACUUUAUACAAAGUGCUUUAAAGAGUAUACACAUAGAUGAUACGGUUUGGCGUUUAACGAUAACGCUGUCCAAAAUAAACCAAGCUUGUUAUCUUCUCUUUGACCAUUUAAUUUGGGCGGGACGAGUUGGCAUCAUGAAGGUGGACAGUAAGAAAUGGUCUGAGUUAUCGGCUCGAUUCUGGUUGGUCAGCUUGAUUUUGAAUUUAGUGAGGAAUUUCUAUGACAUUUACGUGAUCCUUGUCCGAGAAGUUAAAAUUCAAGCCGCAAGGGCGAAGAAAAGUUCAUCGUACGUAAAUGGCAACAGUUACGACAAAGAUAAACCCCGUAAAAUAUUAACGAAUAAUGAACUUGCGUGUAAAUGUAUUUCCGAAAACAAGCCGGUGUGGUUAGAUCUAAUCAAGAAUGUCUGUGAUAUUGUUCUACCAUUGAAUUCUUUAGGUCGUAUUCACGUUACGCCAGGUACGCAGGGAGUUGUAGGUGUCAUAUCUUCCAUUGUUGGCAUAGCAACCACCUGGGAUCCUUUAUUACGAUUAGUGCCUUCAUAAAAACAUUGUGCAAAAGUUACAGAUGUGUAAAAUAUUUGUGACAUGCAGCCAUAUUUGUGACAUGUAGCCAUAUUUGAGACAUGUAGCCAAAAUCGAGACAUGUAGCCAUAUUUGUGACAUAUGGUCAUAUUUGUGACAUAUGGUCAUAUCUGUGACAUGUAGUCAUAUUUGUAACAUGUAGCCAUAUCUGUGACAUAUGGCUAUAUUUUUGACAUGUGGCCAUGCUUGUGACAUAUGGCCAUAUUUAUGACAUACAUUCAUAAUUGUGACACAGUCAAAAUUGUGACACAGUCAAAAUUGUGACGUAUAGUCAUAAUGGGAGGCUUACAUUUUUAUAUCCUCACAAAAAAAAAUAAUUGAGUUGCUUAACAACUGAACUUUUUAACAAAUUAUAUAGUAUUUGCUAUGGCUGGAUUAUCUACUUGUUAUCUAUUUGUUUUCUAUGAUUUAUUGUUGAAUUAUAAAUUAAUUAUAUUGUACAUGCAUAAGCUUAUAUAUAACUUAAAAUUAUUUUAAUUAAACAUAUGGUACAUUAUUGUAUUUGUUUGAAAAGAGAGAGAGAGAAAUUGAGUUUAAUGUCCACUCAACCUAAGCUAGGUAAUUUCGGAACUAACAUAUGGUUAAAUUUUAUUUCAAUAAUUCGCUUGUGCGUAGGGGUCUUUAGCAGUGGGAGGAAACCAGAAGACCCGUAGAAAACCCACAAGGUUGGACAGUCAACCAAACUCCUUGUCACGUACAAGCAUGGAAUCAAAACCACGCCAGUUGACUCAAUGACAGACCUUAUUAUCUAACAAUCAUGCGUUAAACCAUUCGGCCACCCAUCCCACCCUUGUUUGAAAAGACAUGGUUUCGAAUCCCCGGUUGUACGUGACAAGGAGUAGGUUUGCCUGUCCAACCUCGUGGGUUUUCUCCGGGUCCUCCGGUUUCCUCCCACUGCUAAAGACCACUGUUAAAAACCAUAUGUUAGUCCCCAAAUGACCUAGUUUGUGUCGAGUGGACGUUAAACCCCAUUUCUCUCUCUCUCUCCAUUUGAAAAGAGGAUGUUGUGGGUGUAUGUUUCAUUCCCUAGCAACGUAAAAUGAAAUGGGAUUUAACCUCCUACUGUGUUGCUCCUAUUCUGGGCUAAUUAAGAUGGGCAUACGCCAUACAGUGUGCUAUGAGAGAAAUUUUGAUAAGAGAGCGGCGCUAUGACCUCUUAUAUCGAAUUUCUCAGUUUUUCAUCCCAUCAAAAAUUACACGUUGUCCCCGACUCUCUGGUCUGUACCACUGACAAGGAGAAACCAUAUCAGAACCUCCUGAUGAACUUUCUCGACUAACACUAGAUUCGAACAUGGGACCUCCAGAGAGCCAACAUUUUACACAAUAAUCUUUUAGAGGCAUUUAGUAACUGGACAGAGCAAAAAACUAUAACACAUACUUUUGGAAGAACAAUUACUAAUUUAUUUAAUUGACGUUUCGAAGAGUAUUUUCUCAACAUUUUCAAGCAAGUACUCAAUUUUACUCAAUGCGCCACACCUAGCAACCUAUCUUUGUUAUGGUUGUAGAUGAUUGAAUGAUAGCCUGUGUCAAUUAAUGAAGUUACCGAAAUCCUGGGAUUUAAAAUUGUUAUAUCCUCGAUUAAUUUAUUAUAACGCUAGCUUAGAUAAAAUAUUAAUAAACUAUUUUUAACAAGAUUA